UUACAAUAAAGGCCAUAGAAAAUAAAAAGAAAAAAAGGUUAAAAAAGUCUCCCACUGAUCCUUCUCUGUCUAUGAACAACCAAAGUAUCCGUUACACCCACCAUUCAAUUCCCUUUUUCCCCAACUUUAAUUUAAUAAUCCUACAAAUCAAACCUAUCCCAAUUCUUCAAUUCCUCCCAACGGAUUCAAAGAUUCCCUUCUUUUUCUUCACUCCUCCGCUCCCCCCCUCCCUUCUCCCUCUCUCUCUCUCUCUCUCUUCCAUGGAUCCUCCUGUAACAGAAGCUGCCACGCCAUUGUUGCACUCCACAAGCUCUGAAAGCAGCAGUGACGCUGACGACCACACUCCCCCGACUUCCUACCGAUUCCACUUCAAAGGCAUCAAAUUCCCUUGUGAUUUUCUCAACAAAUCCCCAUCUGGGUAUUCUUCAUAUCGCCCACUGGCUGUUCUCCCCGGCCACAUUGGCUCUGUUUCUUCUUUGGCUCUAUGUGGUGAGUUCAUUUUAAGCGCCUCGCAAGGGAAAGACAUAAUCGUAUGGCAGCAGCCGGACUUAAGGGUUUUCACUAGAUUCGGCCAUGGUGAAGGAUCGGUUAAGGCGGUGGUCGCCGUCGGGAACAGAGUCUUCACAGCUCAUCAGGACGGGAAAAUCAGAGUUUGGAAGGUUUCACGCAGGUCGGAGAACAAUUUCCGUCUCGUGAAUACUCUACCAACGGCGAAAGACUAUUUGGGUAAGUUUAUGAAACAAAGCAAUUAUGUUCAAACAAGAAGGCACCAUAAAAUCCUGUGGAUUGAACAUGCGGAUACAAUUUCUUGUUUAGCUGUUCAUAAUGGUCUGAUUUACUCUGGCUCUUGGGACAAAACCCUAAAAGUUUGGAGGGUUUCUGAUUUGAAAUGUUUAGAAUCCAUUAAAGCUCACGAUGAUGCCAUUAAUGGGGUUGUAGCUUGUAAUGGGAUUGUAUAUUCAGCUUCUGCAGAUGGGAAAAUCAAAGCAUGGGGAAGAAGAAAAAAAGAAGAAGAACAAGUAGAAGAAGAAAUGCAUAGUUUGUUAGGGAUUUUAGAGGGUCAUAAGGAUGUAUCAAUAAAUUCUGUGGUAGUUUCAAAUGAUGGGAAAUGGGUAUUUGGGGGAAUUUCAGAUGGGUUUUUAAUGGGAUGGGAAAAGAUUGGAGAAACAAUGAGUUGGAAAGUUGUUUGUGAGAAAAAAGCUCAUAAAAUGGCUGUCUUAUGUGUAUGUUUGACGGGGGAGUUUUUGUGCAGUGGAUCAGCUGAUAAGAGUAUUGGGAUUUGGAGAAGAGAAGCAUUUGGGAGACUGUGUAAAAUUGGGGUGAUAAAUGGACAUGAAGGACCAAUCAAAUGCUUACAAGCAGCUCCAAAUGGUGUGGGUGAGGGAUUCUUGUUGUAUAGUGGUAGCCUUGAUAAAAGCUUGAGAGUUUGGUGGGUUUCUAAAGCUUCUGCUUCAUCAUCUUCAUCAUCUUCAUCUUCUUCUUCUUCUUCAGCCAUGGGAGUUGGUGCUUUCGUUGCAGAGGAUUCGAAGAAGUCUAUCAUUUCCUUCUGAGUCAAGUUUUUGAAGUUGAAGCAUUGGUUGGGUUCUUUUAUUCAAGCCUUCAUUGCUUCAUAUUCCUUUUUCAUUUUUUUUCUCAGUAGAUGUGAAGAAGAAAUGGCAAGAUUAGGGUAAAGCAUAAUUGGGUUUUUUUGGCUUUUCUUUUAUUUAAUUCAUUUUUGGGUCAAAGCAACAUAAAUUUUUGAGUCAUUUGUAACAAAUUUUUUUGUGAAGAUACAAGUGUGGGAAAUCAUGGAAAUGUGUGAAGUCUUUGUAAUGUAUACCAAUUUAUUUGAAUGUAUAUUCUCUUUUACACUAUUUUGUUACAAGUUGUAAUAGUUGAGAAAAGGGAUUUCAAUAAACGAAACAGUCUGUUGUUGGUGUUGUAAAUAUUA